AUGACGCUGGGAUUUUGGGUGAUUCUGGGGGCCAUCAGUGUGUCAGUCCGACCAAUAUUCGCACAGAACUACCCCCUCGUCACAGACUCCAGAUGUAAUUGCUACCGAACAAACACAUCGACGUCGCACUACUUCCGAAACCACAAGUUCUUCGAUUUCCGGUCUCUAUCGCAGUAUGCCCGCGUACCAGCCCCGAUAGACACAGCCCAAGGAAACGCAGACGCGCCCCCGUCAAGCCUGUACUUCCAAUCGCCAGAAUGGACGAACACAUGGGCGAUCCAGAACUGGAACAACAGCGCAAUGAUGGGCGGCGACUCGGACGUCACGGGAAGCGACGCAACGGUGCUCAUGGUGAACUCGCCGAAUAACAUCUACAUCCAGCACAACGACGACCAGAAGGCAGGUUCGAACACCUAUCUCGUGAUGCGCACCAUGCGCCACGGAAACUUCCAGUCUGCGGCCGAGAUCGAGUCCGGGUCUUACAAUUACCAGUACCUGUCCAUCCGCAUGCUGGCUCGGACGAGGGGGGCCAAGGGCGCGGUCACGGCCAUGUUCACGUUCCGCAACAACGACACGCUGGCGAAGGUUCAGGAGUCGGAUCUCGAGAUACGCACCGACGACCCCGUGCAGUACAUCCAGUACACGAACCAGCCGAGCUGGAACGCGGACGGCAACAUCCCCCAGGCGACGCGCAACGUCAGCUUACCGUCCAAGAAGGGCUGGAGUGACUGGCAGUAUCAUCGGAUGGACUGGACCCCGGGAUCAACAAGCUGGCUCGUGGACGGCAAGCUCGUGUCGACGAUCCAGUUCCAAGCGCCGAAAGACCCCAGCCAGGUCAUCUUCAACACGUGGAGCGACGGGGGCACCUGGAGCGGGAACAUGACGGUGAACACGACGGCGGAGAUGCAGAUCCAAUGGAUCGAGAUCGUCUACAACACCACCACCACCGGCACCGGCACCGUCCCGCCCGGUCCGUUCCCUCCUGGGUGGCCGACGCCCCAGAACUGCGCCAACAUCUGCUCCAUCGACCAGACCUGGAAGACCGGGACGCCCGUAUUGGUGCAGAGUCCAGGCGGUGGUAGCAGCGGUGGCAGUGGCGGCAGUGGCGGUAGUGGCGGUACCGGAACCUGUUCGACGGCGAAAUACGGACAAUGCGCAGGGAAGAACUGGAGUGGAUGCGGCCGCUGUGCCUCCGGCUCGACGUGCAAGUUUCAGAACGAUUACUAUUCGCAGUGCUUGUAGGCACUCCAAACCCCAAAAAAAAAAAAAAGAAAAGAAUCCGACUGUCAUUAUGGCUAUUUCGGCGCUGUUGUUUUAGCAAGGAAGCGAGUUACUUGGAAAGCCUACGGUAUCCCUGUAGGGCAUUUAUCAUAUUGACAUCUCUAUGAAUCGUCACACCUCUCCUUGUCUCAUCCUCUAUCUUCACCCCCGCUCCCCCCCCUCCUUUCCCAGUAUAAAGUCGUGAUUUCAUCUCGGUAAAUGAUCGAUCAUAACGAAAACAGGAGUCCAACAACCCAAAAAAUGCAGAGAAGAAUAUUAAUGCUUCAUGUAAAUCGUGAUCCAAAAACAAAUCCAAUCAAUUCCAGAAUUCCCCGCUCCUCCAAAAUCGUCGUUAUAGUUAGUACUGAUAUAACCCAAAUGAAGGGAUCUCAUAAACGCCAGGUCCAAGCAUCCUUUCCUAUAUAUCGCACAUAUUUCUUGAUUUAUAUCCAAAAUUGAUGUUAUUUGUUGGUAAAUCUUGUUGAAAGGUUUUU